AUGGAUUUCGACGAUGAGUGGGAGCUCCUCUCCGACGAGGACUACCUCGAGAUCAGCGACGAGGCUGGCAAGCAGAUUUACUCACCCGCGGCGUCGGUUGUCCACAUGAACUACUUCAUCUCCCAGCCGUUCCCUCAAUUUGUCAAAACUUCUGCCAAUCAAAUUCUCCACGCUCCUGAUCGUGAUCAGCCGAUUCAGAGUAAGAUCGAAUCCUUCAGCGCCGAUCAGGACCCGAUCUCACAGGAUUUCUUCAAUAAAUUGAAGGAGGCUCAAUCAGUCGACAUGAAAGUGGAAGAUCCUCGCAAACUCAAUGCAGAAAUGGCGAUCGAGGAUGACGACGGCGCCAACGCGUGGAAGCGGAGUUUGAGCGCUCUCUGCUCGUUCGGAGUGGCGGCAGCGACUUUCUGCAUCGUCGUCUUCGCCAACAAACAUCCGCACCAAAAUCACAGGCUCCGAUUCCGGAUUCACACCGACGAGAAGGUUAGGAUUUGCAAAUCAAAUUAGUUUUGCAAUUGUUCUGCAAUGAAGUCUGUUUAUCACUAUGGGCAGCAGCUAUUUGAU